AUGGAGAAGAGUGAUCGGAAAAGGGUAUCAUCAAGCAAUAUAAAGCAAGAGAAAUCUUCGCAACGCUCCACUACUCGUCAUCAGAAACAAGAUCCGGCUUGGAACUAUGCCAGAGAAACUGUUGAUUCAAGAGGGAGAAAAGUUACAGCUUGUGACUUUUGUGGUAAACAAUAUGUUGGAAGUGAAAUAAAUAGAAUGAAACAUCACUUGGCUGGAUUGAAAGGAAGUAGAAGUGCAUGCCCAAAAGUUUCUUCCAAGGUUCAACAGUCCAUGAGAAAAUCAUUGGAAGAAAUCGAAGAGAAACGAAAGGAAAUAAUCGUUCUGGAUCUUGAAAUGGAAGACGAUGAAGUUGACCAACGUUCUCACCAAUCUUGCAGUACUUCAACUCGUAAAAGAAAGGUUAGUUUGUAUACCGAUCGACUUACAUUUGUACUUAAAUUUUUCCUUGACACUCUCUCUUUAAAUCCCCCUCACUUAGUUUCUUCUUUCUUCUCACAUUUGCAGAGAGAAACCAAAAGCAAACCUGGAAGAAGCGAAACAAUGGCGGAAUCGGCUAAGGAACACAUUGAUCGAAUCCGGAAGACUAAGUUUUCAAUCGGCGGAGCUGAUAACCCGUUGACGGAGGAUCUUCAUCAAGCUGUUAAGAAUCUCUCCGCUGAGCUCUACGCUAAAGAUGUUCACUUCCUCAUGGAGCUUAUCCAAAAUGCCGAGGAUAAUGAGUAUCCGCAAGGUGUGGAUCCAGCUCUUGAAUUUGUGAUAACAUCUGAGGAUAUCACAGCUACAGGAGCUCCAGCAACUCUCCUUAUCUUUAACAAUGAGAAGGGUUUCUCUGAGAAGAACAUUGAGUCUAUUUGUAGUGUUGGAAGGUCUACAAAGAAAGGAAACCGCAAGCGUGGUUAUAUUGGAGAGAAAGGAAUUGGUUUCAAGAGUGUGUUUCUUAUCACCUCACAACCACAUAUUUUCAGCAAUGGCUAUCAGAUUCGCUUUAAUGAGGCACCUUGCAGCCACUGCAGCCUUGGAUACAUUGUACCCGAGUGGGUUGAGCAGCAUCCUUCUCUUGUUGAUAUACAAAGGAUGUAUGGUUCAGGGUCUGCACUUCCGACCACAACCAUUAUCUUGCCUUUGAAGAGUGACAAAGUAAAGCCGGUGAAAGAACAGCUCUCCAAUGUUCAUCCUGAGGUGUUGCUGUUUUUGUCAAAGAUCAAGCGCCUCUCUAUCAGAGAAUACUGCCAAGAUCCUAGGCUCAGCACUGUGAACUCAAUCGGAAUUGUAAGUGAGACUAAUUUUGUCACGAGGAAGAGCAUUGAUGCUGAGUCUUACACAAUACAUCUCUCAGCUUCUGAUAACGGGAGAAACUCUGAACAAGAAUGCUCUUACUACAUGUGGAGGCAAAAGUUUCCAGUGAAACAUGAGAACCGUGUGGACAGGAGAAGUGAGGUAGAUGAUUGGGUGAUCACUUUGGCAUUUCCAUUUGGAGAGCGUCUUGGUCGAGGAAACAGCUCUCCUGGUAUCUAUGCGUUUCUUCCCACCGAGAUGGUAACGAACUUCCCAUUCAUCAUUCAAGCAGAUUUCAUACUCGCAUCAUCAAGAGAAACUAUCCUACUGGAUGAUAUAUGGAACCAAGGGAUUCUCAGCUGUGUCUCUACAGCUUUUGUGAAUGCAUUCACCUCCUUGGUGAAGAAGACUGAAGCUCCUGUCUCUAGCUUGGUGCCUACUUUUAGGUUCUUGCCUGUUAACCAGUCUACUUACGCGCAGCUGAAUGUUGUCAGAGACUCUAUCAAGGCAAGGGUUUCUGCUGAGGAAAUUGUUCCAAGCAUAUCACAUUUGGGACAGAAGUUUUUCCACAGGCCGUGUGAUGUUGGUCGGCUCAUUCCUGCUUUUUGGGAUAUUUUGGAGAAAGCGAGAGAAGAAGGUGCGAGCUUACAGAAUAUAUCAUCACAUGGGAUCUACAUUUUGGAUUCCUCGUUUGAUAGAACAGUUUAUGAUAACGUUCUGGAGUUCUUGGGUUUGAAGCAAGUCAGCAACGAAUGGUAUGUAAAAUGCAUUCAGGGAUGUGAUCUAGUGACAAGUGUGUCAGAAGGUACGUAUGUGGAGGUUCUACUCUUCAUCGCUGAGAACUGGCAGUCUAGGUUUCAGAGUACAAACAUGGUGAAAGUUCCACUUAUCAAGUAUGUUGUUCAAAAGGGAGCGAGUUCUCUUAGCAGCUUGGCAGAGUUCAGUCCUCGGACUCUUUGCUUGUCCACAGAGAAGAACCAGGCUUGGCUACUGGAUUGGAACGAUGAGUUAAAAUGCAUGUAUAACUUUGUUUUCAUGCCACAGACAACGCGGACAGCGUUCAAAGCCUGCUCCAAGAAGGAAGCGAUACACAACUGGCUCAAAGAGAAGAUUAAGGUCGCCAAUAUUAGUGUCUCUGACUAUGCAAAACGUCUCAGGGAGAAUCUUAAUGGAGACAAGAGGCUUGUGGUUGCAUAUGGACACUUCCUACAUCACUCACUCUCAAAGGAUCUUUUAUCAGAAGAAGAGGCGGGUAAAUGCUGCAAAGACAUGCCGCUUAUAGACAACUAUGGGAAUGUCAACACAAGAAGGAAUGGAGUUCUUGUCCCUGCUAGCUCUGGUAAAUGGGUUAGCUUAGUUGGCUCCAACCCAUGGAGACAGAAUGGAUACAUUGAACUGUCAGAAGAGUAUUUGUCGUCUGACAGGUUUGCUGGUCUGCGGUCUAACAAGAGAGACCUUCUCGAGUUCUUGAAAGUUUAUGUUAAGGCUGGAGAUAUACCAGACAUAGAACCUCCUAAUGCUGCUAUACCUGCGUUGUCUGGAGCUCUUAAAAAGGAGAAUGUUCUGUUGCUGUUGGAGUGGAUCAAGCGUAAUAGACAUGCUCUUCGUUCCAACUUUUUGGAUUCUGUUAGAGGAGGAAGCUGGUUGAGAACAACAAUGAAUGGUUUCUCUGAUUACCGUCCACCUUCUCAGUCGUUUUACCAUACUUCAUCAUGGGGAAGUAUUCUGCAGAACGGAUUGAUUCUUGUUGAUAUCCCGCUGGUCGAUCGCAGAUACUAUGGGAAAGAGAUUGAGAACUACAAAGAAGAGCUGAAAACUGCUGGUGUUAUGUUUGAGUUCAGUGACGCCUGUGCAUUUGUUGGGAACCACCUUAUGAGUUUAGCUGAGACUUCAACACUGUCAAGCGCAAACGUGUUCUCCAUUUUGAAGUUCAUUAGGUACUUGAGAGAGAAGCGCCUCCCGCCAGCUGAUUUCAUCACUGCAGUCAAAGAUGGUCCAUGGCUGAAGACAAGUUCUGGUUACAGAUCUCCAGAUGGUGCUGUUUUGUUCAGCCAAGACUGGAAAGCUGCAUCACUGAUCAGCGAUAUCCCAUUCAUCGACAGAGGUUUCUAUGGUGAAGUUAGCCUCAGUGUCUACAAGGAAGAGCUUGAGUUGCUUGGCGUUGUAGUUAAGUUUCCUGGUAAUCACAGCCUCAUCGUUUCUCACUUGAAUAUUUCAAAGCUGACUUAUUUGUCACCUGAUGCAAUGCUCCUAGUACUUGACUGCAUGCGUAAACUUAGUCCGCACAAGCUGAUCAAUGCCAUGAGGAAUUCUCAAUGCUUCAAGACAAAGAAGAAUGGCUAUAAAUCCCCUGCUGAGUGUUUCAUACCUGAUCCAGAGUGUAGUUGUCUUCUUUCUGUUUUUGAUUGCUUCCCUUCGAUCGACGAUGGUUUCUAUGGAAGCAGAAUCUUUUCUUACAAAGAAGAACUGAAACAGAUUGGUGUUAAGGUUCAGCUUGAAGAUGUUGUGAACGAGUUUGUGCGCACUUUCAAAGAGAAAGCUACCUCCUCUAGGUUAACCCAAUGCACCUCUUCGUCCCUUUUAUCUUGCUACAGGCAGCUGAUGGGAAGUUUUCACAAGUUUCCUGUAGAACUUGUGGAUAGCUUCAAAAAGUUGAAAUGGCUGCAAACCAAACUCGGCGAUUUCCGAGAACCAAAGGAUUGUAUUCUCUUUGAUUCAGACUGGGAACCUCUCCGUCUCAUAGCGAACCUUCCGUUUAUCGAUGACAGUUCCAACUGGUAUGGCAAGAGUAUCUACGGUUACAAGAAAGAGUUACAAAGCUUGGAUGUUACAGUUGAGCUGAGAAAAGGCAUGAGCCAUGUGGUUCGCUCCCUAAGUCUCCCUGAUCCAUCUCGCAUCACUCCUGCAAGCGCACUGUCUCUUUUUAAGUGCUUCACCUUCUUGCGUGAAGACAGAAACUGUAUUCUCCUUGAAGAUUUUCUUGAUAAAGUUUCUGGCAAAUGGUUGAAGACACAUUUUGGUUACCAAAGUCCCGGUGAGUGUCUCUUGUUUGAUAACAGCUGGAAAUUAGAGCCGUGUGAUGGUCCUUUCAUCGACGAAGAGUAUUAUGGCUCAGAGCUUAAAUCGUUCAGAGAAGAGCUUAUCCAGAUAGGAGUUGGUCAUACUUCAGCUAAAGCUUGCCAGUUGCUUGCUAGUCACGUCUAUUCUCAUUCUGAAACUGAUAGUAUUACUCGGAUAUACGGAUUUCUCAAUGAAGCUAAAUGGGAACCUGAGAAAGAUGCGUCUCUAGGGCGGAUUUGGUUACCGAGAGAUGAGAAAUGGGCAGAUGUUUCUAGCUGCGUUCUCUAUGACAAGGAUAAGCUGUUUGGUUCAAGACUUAAUGUUCUUGAAAACCAUUACAAGGAUCAUGACGUUGUCGAGCUCUUAGCCUUCUUCUCGUCUGUAUUUAAAGUGAGAACCAACCCGUCAAUUGACGAUUACUGUGGUUUGUGGAGAGAUUGGGAGAGAAUGACGGACAGAUUGUCAAAUGAUAAGUGUUGUGCGUUCUGGAGUUUUGUUGUGAGACACAACACUCGUAGAGCUGAGAAGCUCCUCUCUGAUACCUUUACGCGUUUACCUGUACACGCGUUGGACUGCAACAGCGAUGAAGGAGGAGUCAUGUUGGCUAACAGAAGCGACGUGUUCAUACCUGAUGACUUGCUCUUGAAAGAUCUGUUCAUCAACUCUCCUGUUUUUGUCUGGUAUCCAACUCCAAGCAUCCCUGCAUUGUCCCGAACCAAGCUUGUUGAGCUUUACAGACAAAUCGGUGUCAAAGAGAUCUCCAAAUGUGUCACGGUCACAGAAGCUGAGCUAAGUGGAGUCCAAAUUGAGCAGCAAGAGGUCAACGAGUCAAAGAGUAAUCUGAUCGGACCAGGGCUUGUGAAGCUGAUUCUUGGAUUCCUCUCUGAUCCAACUCUCAAGGUAGAAGCUGAGGAACGUUCAAGAAUAAUACAGUGCCUUGUUGACAUCGACGUUAAAGAAACUUUGGAGACGAUCACGACGGAGUAUACUCUGAAUCUACCGUCCAAGGGAGAGAAGCUGAUUGCAGAGGCUAAGAGGAUGAUAAGGUGGGAGAGAGAGAAAGGAGUGGUUUAUGCAGAGAAGUUGGAGAAAGCUUGUGGGAAAAGAAAGGUUUUGGAGUACGCCACCUGUUUUGCCGAUGUGAUUGCUAAGGGACUGAUGUGGGAGAGGGAGGAUCUGAUCGGACGGUUAUCAGAGCUUGUGAAGAUGGCGUACUUGGUUGAGUUUGAUGAAGAGGCUUUAGAGUUUCUUAUGAAGUCCAAGAACCUUCAAGUCUACGAAGAAGAUGAGAAACUUAUCUCAGAUGAAUUCUCUCUCAAGUAAAAAUAAGGUUUACUCUAUAUCCCAAGUAACCAACCAUAGGGAACUCUAGUCUCUAUGUCUGUCUUGUUUAUGUGUUUUAUUUUGGUAUUUGGAGCUUUUUGUAACAUUGCUACUCUUUUGAAGUUACUACUAAUAAAAAUGAAAUAUUUCAGUUGUUUCA